GAACUGCGCACGCGCCAUACCUGGGAGACGGGCUCUGAGCAUGCGCAGCGUACAACCACCACUCACGCAGCCACACGCCACAGGUUUUGUAUUAAUGUGAUGCUGGGCCAUGGACAAGCUGAGAAUACAUUUGGAAAAGCGGCCACUAGCUGAAGCGACUGUUCCUUUUGCUUCUCUCUGAGGGGCUCUGAGCUUCCUUGCGGGCAGCUGUUAAUUUGGAGUUCCAGUUCCUCAGGAUGCGGCAGGAUGAAGACGCCUUCCCUAGCUUUCCAGGACUUCAGCAAAUGCAUAAAUCCAAGAGACCUGUUAGACUCUCCAGGUCUAGUCUGGGUCCAUGGAAGGCCCUUCCCCGAUGUCUUCGGCCGUGUCCACAUUGACUAGAGUUAGUGUUCUCCAUGACGCCUACGGAGCAGGCGGCCUCCCUCCGCUCUUUCCUUCUAGGCCAGGAGUGUGUAGAGAGUGAACACUUCGGUAGCACAGGGCCCCCAGACAGCUUGAGCGGCCACGUAGCCCUCCGUGAGAUGGGCAGCCUUCGCGCGGAUCUGCAAACCCAGCUUCGGCCCGCCGGUAGGAGAAUCCAGACAGACUGCUCCGUAGCUGGGAGUCCUGCUCUCCUGGAUCCCAUCUGAGAGGCUGGCUUUAACCACCACCAGCAGACGUCCUUUAGCCUUUGGGCAAUCGCCCACGCCGACGAGGCCAGUCCGUCCAAUAUUCAUGAAAAACCAGCCACCCAGAUGAAAGUCCCCAAGUACCGGCUUUGGGACGUGGCCCAGAAGUCUCUCUACCUGCGGAACAAUCAGCUGGUCGCCGGCUAUUUGCAAGGCUCCAACUCUGCGCUGGAAGAGAAGAUUUACUGUGUCACCAACCGCCUCUUAAAUCCAGAGAAGUUCCCCAUUAUCCUGAGCAUCCAGGAGGGGCGCCGCAGCCUGGCGUGUGGGACGGGCACCCCGCCUGUGCUGCAGCUGGAGGACGUGAACAUCACGAAGCUGCCCCGGAACAGCAAUGAAACCACCCGCUUCACCUUCUACCGCUCCUACAAGGACGGCAUGUGGCGCUUCGAGUCGGCUGCCAACCCGGGCUGGCUGCUCUGCACCUCGGCCCAGUCCAACGAGCCCCUGGGCCUCACCUUACACCAGGACGCAGCCCACAUCGUCGACUUCUACUUCCAGCUGUUCUGAGCCCAGCCGCCCGGGAGAUGUGGCCUGGCCCCUGGCUGCUGCCAGCCCAGCUCGCCCCUGGCUGCGUAGGAGACCAGCUGGGUCGGGAAGGGCUGCACGACCUCUCCCCUGACCCAGCCGCAAUCAGCCAGGGUUGUGUUCCUAGGAUUCCUGGGUCCCAGCAGGAGGGCCCCGGGGCCUGAUCCUGCCGGGGAACUGAGCGCCCGCCCGUUGGGAGUGUUUCAGGGCACCCAGCCCCUUGUAGAGCCAGGCUGUGCACUUCAGCCAACGUGCCCCAAAGGGGACCCUGAUCCUGGGGGCCCGUCUCCAGUGCCGUGGGGCCUGGCAUGGCUAUCCAGGACGCCCAGCCUUUUCCAAAGGGGCCUGUGGGCGUCCAGCAGCAGGAUGGCCCAACAGUUAGAGCACUAGCCGGGGACUUGGGAAACCUGGCUCUGCCAGACUCCCUUGGGCAAGUCCCGGAGCUGCUCCAUGCCUCAGUUUCCCCCUCUGUUCAAUGGGGCCACCAGCCCAGCCCUGUCUCCCGGGGCACGUGAUGGUAAAUCCACUGCCGAUGGACGAAUCCCAGAGUGUGUGGGAGUCUGCCCCCAUGGCGUCAGCACUGUUCUGGCUCGGCUCGGUGUCUCCCAGCGGUUCUGCUCUGCACGGCUACGGAAGGGCCGAGUGCCCCGGGAGGGGAUCUGGGUGCACCCCCUCGCUGUGUGAAUAGCUUGUCCCACCAGAGAGCUCUGGACCCCCUCAGCCCCAGUCUGGCUUUGAAUAAACAUGGAAAGUAGCUA